GGCAGCAGGCCCGCGGCGGGCGGACAAUACCGGCGGCGGCUCGGCCUGCAUCGGCCCCGCUCGGCUCCGCUCGGCUCCACCCGGCUCCACCCGGCUCCACCCCGACUGGCCCCGCCCCGCCUCGGCCUCGCUCGGCUCCGCUCGGCCUCGCUCGGCCCUGCCCUGCCCGGCCCGGCCGCGCUCGGCUCGGCCCGGCCCAGCCCCGCUCGGCCCGGCCCGGCCCGGCUCCGCUCGGCUCAACUCGGCCCCGCUCAGCGCGGCCCGGCCCGGCCGGCACCAUGCUGGCGCUCUUCAACAAGCUGCUGGACUGGUUCCGGGCGCUGUUCUGGAAGGAGGAGAUGGAGCUGACCCUGGUGGGGCUGCAGUACUCGGGCAAGACCACCUUCGUCAACGUUAUCGCGUCAGGACAGUUCAAUGAAGAUAUGAUCCCGACAGUGGGUUUCAACAUGAGGAAGAUCACCAAAGGGAACGUUACCAUAAAGCUCUGGGACAUCGGGGGGCAGCCGCGGUUCCGCAGCAUGUGGGAGCGAUACUGCCGUGGAGUGAGUGCCAUCGUGUACAUGGUGGAUGCUGCUGACCAGGAGAAGAUAGAGGCCUCUAAGAAUGAACUGCACAACCUGCUUGACAAGCCACAGCUCCAGGGCAUCCCGGUCCUCGUCCUGGGGAACAAGCGGGACCUGCCCGGUGCCUUGGAUGAGAAGGAGCUCAUUGAGAAGAUGAACCUCUCUGCCAUCCAGGACCGAGAGAUCUGUUGCUAUUCCAUCUCCUGCAAAGAAAAGGACAACAUUGACAUCACCCUACAGUGGCUUAUCCAGCACUCGAAGUCCAGGCGAAGCUGAGAUCCUGUGGGCCUGGCUCGGAUUGGGAAGAUGCCAUUGUCCAAGCCCAUGCCCCUCUCUCCUGCUCUGUCCCUCCAGCUCUCUCUCUAGAUGGGUAUUUUUAGGGGACCCCAGACUCUGCUGACGUUGGGGCAGAGUCCUUGUUUUUAUUGUAAAGGAGAUGUCUGACUGCCCUCCUCUCCCCUUUCCUCUCCUCCCCCUCUCUUCCUCCAUUUUGGCACUGUUCUGUUGUUGUCUGUGUAUACAGUAUAUAUAUAUGUAUAUAUAUUUUAAUUUUUUAAUUUAAGGGAUAGUGCUGUUACUAAAUUGGGCCCUGUGAGCAGUAGGAAAGCUGGGGCUCCCCAAGGCCAGCCAAGGGUCAGCGUUGGGAGGAGGGUGGUAGCAGAAGGCAGCCCGUGGGGCUGUACCAGCUGCAGGCAGGUUCCCUGGGGCUUCCUCUUCCCUUCUCUGGGUGUCCUGCUGCUGCCUCUAGGCAGAGACCACCCUGGGGGUGUUGGGGGUGCCCACUUUGCCCUGCCUGCCUCGGGCUUGGAGAGGGGAGCGUGUCAGUGCCCCUGCAGGCUCCUCACCCCUCCGGGGGACAGGGAUUAGCCACAAGCCACUGCCAUCAGCCUCCCCCUGCUGCCUCCACUUCCCUAACCCUUCUUUGGGGUCCAGGGCCACUUGUCCCCCUGCCCCAUGUGUCCCCUGAUCUUGUGCCCAGGCCAAAUCCUGCCCACUGCCCAGCCUGGCGGCUCGGGGGAUGCCCUGGGCCACUGGUGCCAGUGCUGGGGGCCCAGCAAUGCCAGCAGCCCCUGGGGGAGCUGGGGCUGGCACCUGUCCCCAUGUAACCUGCCUCAGCCCCAUGUAGCCCCUCAGGACAGCCAUGCUGGCUCCCCACGUGCCAAGUGGCAUCGCUGGGCCCGGCUGGGGCUGCUGGCUCUGCCCUGGCCAGGGACAUCCCUUGGCAUGCCAGAGAGGGAGGGGCACAUGGAGCCACCUGGAGACACACUCAGAACAUCUGUGCACCCUCAGGGCUGCUCACCAGUCCUGGGGGUUGUGCCCUGUGCCUGCUCCCUGUGCCCUGCUCCCUGUGCCCUGCUCCCCGUGCCCUUCUCCCUGUGCCUGCUCCCCGUGCCCUGCUCCCCGUGCCCUGCUCCCCGUGCCUGCUCCCCGUGCUUGCACCACAUUCCUGCUCCCUGUGCCCUUCUCCCUGUGCCUGCUCCCCGUGCCACCCCUGCCCUGCUGCCCUGGCUGGGAGGCACAGGAGCUGUGGGGCAGGGGGCAGCAGGGCUUGUGGGGACGAUGGUCAGGUCUGUGUGUGCCCCGUGGGGGACUGUGGGAGUCCCGUGGGGUGACAAAGGCUGUGGCUGUCUGUGCCAUGUCUGUGCCAUGUCUGUGCCAUGGGCUGGGGCUCUGAGGUGCAGCCUGGGGCCUGCCCAGGUGGUUUGGGGCCGGUGUGGGGGCACUGGGCUGGCACUGAAGGGUGGGUGUGCAGGGGGGGCAGCUGCUGGUCCCAGUGCAGGGCUGGGGCACAGGGUGGAGAUGGUCAGGGGGGCUGCAGGGCCUCUCAGCCUCUUCCCCCUCAGCUCCAGGACAUCAGGCCAGGAAGUUACCUUCUGUUCUUGUUUUUGCAGAAUUGCACAAAGAGAGGUUUCUUUUUGUUGUUUGGGGUUUUUUUUUUUUUAAUUUAACGACUUGUAAAGUGUUGUCUCCCCCCACCCCCUCCGUUGUUUUUUUUUUUGUAAGAGAUAUUUUGACUCAGAUUUGACCUCUGUUGGGAAAUGAUUCUUGUAACUGUACAAUUUUUUUGCCUCCUAAUAAUAAAUUAACAAUUUUGCGUUG